UGGAUCAAGGAGGCUGCACUGCAAGCUGUGCAACAAGGAAUUCACAGGGACACAGAAACGGCCGAUGGAGCACUUUUGUUUGAAGAGGGCCUCCGUCCGGUGUCCAAAUGCAACGAUGGCGAUUUGGAGGAGGUUGCACAGGGUUGGUUUUGAGAUGCCACCAGAUCUUAUGGAGAGGGUGCAGCGCGCAAUAGAGGAGACUGCCAGCGAUGACGAUGAUGGUCCUGUGCUGGAGGACGACGCGGUGGGGCGAGGGGGAGGGGUUGCGAUGGAUGGGGAGGCAGGGGAGGCGGUUCAUGGGGAGGCUGGCAGCGGGGUGGAUGAGGUGACAAGAGGGGUUGUGGCCGAUGGAGAGACUCCGGUCCGGAGACCUGCAUUGUCGCAGACUGCGGAGCAGGCUGCCCGCAGACGGGGGACGGCUAGACAGACGAGCAUCGUCAGGUACACGAAGAACCCCAGACAGGCGGACAUCGAUGAUACCUGCUGCGAGUUCUUCGUCGAGAACGCCAUCCCGUUCAACGCCGCGAAAAGCAAGAGCUUCAAGAAGUUCCAGCUGGCGUGUUAUGGGCCGCAACCUGCGGCGAGCUGCCCUCUUGUGCCCACUGGGUACAACCCACUACGAUGCAGGCUGCUUGAUCAGUUGCGCGGGAGGUUGGAGGCUGAGGAGAAGGCGCUCUGGGACGACUGGGAGGUGACAGGCUGCACGUUCAUAACCGAUGGCACCACAGACAUCUGUGGGCGAUCGCUUAUGAACUACAUCCUCGCCGGGCGGUCGAAUUUUCAUCAAAUGCGAGGAUGUGAGCGAGGGGGAGAAGGAUGCAGUUGCCGUCGUCGCAGGGUGGAAGAGCGACUGGAGGUCUGUGCCAAGGCCAUCAUACGCAUCGUGAAUGGACUCGCCUGGGAGAGGAUGGUGUGGAGGGGGGAUAUCAGGGGGAAGGCGUUAUUUGUGGAGGAGACUGUUCUUGACAGGGCCUUCUGGGCUGAUGUCAAGAAGCUGACCACCCUCAUGAAGGGCCCUUAUGAAGUCCUACGAGAGGUGGACAAGGAUGUCCACUGCUUGUCUCGGAUCUACGACCUGGACCGUCAAUUGCCUGUCUUCGUCCGUUCGGCCCCCCUCGGUGACAAGGAGCGAGAUGAUGUCCUGGUGGACGUGAAGAAUAGGACAGAUAUGCUGCUCAGCCCGAUCCACGUCGUGGCCCGGUUGCUGGAUCCAGUGUUGAGGGACAUUGCUGUUUUCAGCAAUGUCGAGCUCAUGACGCAGUUUGAGGCUGUUAUGGAGCGCCUCAUCGGCAAGAGAGGGAGCAAGACGUUUGACGACUGCUUGGACCAACUGUAUGAGUUCCAGAUGGCGAGAGGAGUGUUCGGCACCACACGGGCGGUGCAGAGGGCGAAGAAGGACAAUGCGGUGCUGUGGUGGGAGGCGCACGGGGCUGGCCAUCCAGAGAUCAAGGCUCUGGCGGUGAAGGUGCUCUCCAUUUGGACGACAUCCUCUCCAGCAGAGAGGAAUUGGAGCACUUGGUCUCUUGUGCAGAUUAAGUCCAGGAAUAAGCUGCACCACCAGCGCACCGAGAAGUUGGUGUACUCACACUGGAGCCUCAGGCUCAAGAGCAGGGGCGAUGACGGCCCAACGGUGGUAGGAGGAUGGUUGGGGCUAGCAGCAGACUGGGCUGACGAUGAUUUGGAGGGUGAUCAGGCGGGUUUGACUGACGCUGUCGACRACGGAGAGGUGGAGGAGGGUAUGGAGUGGGGUGACAUGGAGGAGGAGGAGGACGAUGACGAUGUGGACAGCGAGGACGAGAUUCCACAUGACGAGUGGGUGGACGAUCGGUUAGACUCUGACAGAUCGUGGACGAGGAGGGAGGAAAUCACACCAUAUGUUCCGGGCACACGACAUGGAUUGAGGUCCCAGAGUCAGCGGCAGCAGGUGCAGCAACAUGAGGAGCAGCCUGUGGAGCACCAUGAGCAGGCUGUUGUGGAGCAGCAGCAGCAGCAGCAGGCUGACGAGGAGCAGCAAAUAGAGGAUCAGCAGCAGCAGGCUGACGAUCAGCAGGGGGAGGAGGCACUGGGGCACGGGGAGCAUGAGGGCGAGGUAGAGGGAGAUGAAGCAUGCGAUGCAUCAGCUACAGCAGCUUCAGCAGUACUAGCCGCAGCAGCAGCAGCUUCGACAKCUGCAUGUGUUGCAGCACAUGCAGCAGCGCAUGCACCUSUKGSRGCUGCUGCUUCUGCGGCUUGUGCCACUKAAGCUGCUUCAGGUAGUGCAUCAUCUACAUGACAAGAUGCAACGACCAUAGGCAGGUAAGUAUCUUUGUCG